GACAUCUACGACUGGGCUAUUAAGUAUAACCAACGCCUGGAUGAACUGGAAGAUUUCCUUACUGGUAAUCGUAUCUGGAAAGCCCGAACUGUCGGCACUGGAACGGUGUCGGCGGAGGACGCGCUUGCUUAUGAGAUGAGUGGUGCGAUGUACGAGGAUCCGGCAUCAAAAGAAAUUUGCGUAAAGUGCAGCCGUACGAUGCAUACAAUCAAGUGGAGUUUGAUGUUCCCAUCGGUUCACACUGGGAUUGCUACGAUCGCUACCUGGUGCGCGUGGAGGAAAUGCGCCAGUCGCUGCGGAUCAUCCAUCAGUGCCUGAAUAAAAUGCCACCUGGCGAGAUCAAAGUGGACGAUACAAGGUGGUGCAUCCCUCUCGAAAGGAAUCGGUGGAGGCCUUAAUCCAUCAUUUCAAGGUUGUACACCGAAGGCGUCCAAGCCCCGCCCGGCUUCACCUACACCGCCGUGGAGGCGCCCAAAGGAGAGUUCGGGAUCUACCUGGUGUCGGACGGCACCAGCCGCCCCAUGCCGCUGUAAAAUCAAGGCGCCCGGCUUCACGCAUCUCGCGGCCAUCAAUCAUAUCGGCAAGCAGCACAGAUGUUGGCCGACAUUGUGGCCAUCAUCGGGGCACUGGAUAUCGUCUUCGGGGAAGUGGAUCGUUAGAUGUGUCGAAGCAGACUGUGUACAGGUUUAAACUAACGCAAUGUCAGUGUGUUGUACUCCUGUAUGAUUUAGUGUGUUUUUCACCUGUGUCGUUUACACAAUGACAAAUGCUAGAGGAGAUACCAUGUAGUUGAUGUUGACAGUUAUGGUGGCUUAAUUGGUUGUAAUUCCUAAAGACGUUUAUUAAAAGAACGGUUGUGUUUAGUAUGGUUGUUGCUGGUUGUUAAGUUCCUUCACUUCCAUUUUAUACCGUGUGAGGUAAUAUUUAGUGUCUGAGCGACAGUGCCGCAUUUUUUUGUAGCAGGAAUUGUGGAAUGAUGCGGGCGAUCUCUGGCUUGGUCUGCGUUGCCGUGCUAGUGCGGUCGGGAUGUUUUCUUUCCGGCCUCGAUAACGGAUAUGGACUUCUGCUACCGGCAAACACUGAAUCUCUUCCGCAGUGAACUCUCCAAUCCAACCGCUGAACUGUCCGACAGCAUACCCGGCUACCGCACCACGCAAAUGAAAGUGCGGAAUGCCUUACUCGAUCUGGGCGUGCCGGGACCCACGAGCCUCAUCACGGACCGCGGGCACACUACGCUACGCACUACAAUCGUUCUUUCCGCUCUUCCAGAAUACCGGCAUCACGGAGCAGGGCGAUCCGAUCUGGCCAGCGGCACGUUAGUUUCAAAGCUGCCGCCGGUGGGCUGUUCUCUGCAUUCCCACGAACAGACCGCUAAAUUUUGCGAGUAGCCAUUGGUUAACAUUGCGUGAACUGGAUUUCAUUGGACACUUCCAAAUGAACACGCCUGCAGAAGGAGCGAUCAUUACUGCGAUUGCUAGUUUAGCCGAAAACAUGGCGGAUCCUGCGAUGUGGAAAUACAAGUGUAUGGCUUCUGCUUGCGGAUGUAUAAUCUCUACUCCAGAAGAAGUGGAUUUUUCGUACCGAGCCCAAGGAAGCACCAAAUGUGAGGAAGAGACAUUGGACAUCCAACGCAGUGCACCUGCCAGCGGUUCGAUUGAAGGCGUCAAUACCACGCAAGCCCCUGUUACGAUCAAUAACAGCGCAGCCGCCAACAGCUAUACGCCGCAUUCGCGUGGAGCAGUUCAACAUGACGGUAGAUCAUUUGGACAAAGCAUAACUGGCGCUCCAGAAGUCCGAGGCAACACUGGAAAUGGUAUGCAGGUAGCGCGAAUUCAGCAGCCGGGAAUGCAGCUAGCCCGCAUGCAGCAGCCUGGAGUACAGCAUGGACUGAAUCCUCAGAAUGCUGGAUUUAGUGGCGGACGCCAGAGUAUUGGACUUCAAGGGUCACGGUCGCGUCCAUCUGCACCAUAUGGUUAUCCACCAGGCGGAUCGUUCGGACAGUCUCCGUUGCAAGGCGCCCGUGGCGGGGGACGUGGAGCAAGACGCCAAAGUCUCGGAAUGUUCCGUUCACCUGCUAGUUCAACGCCCGCGCAGCGAAAUGUCUUGGAAGUUCCCCAGGUCGCUUUCGAAUAUCCCAUGGAUGUCUAUUUGUUCCGCUACCGAGACAAGAAUGCUAUUCCAACACAACGAGCGCGUGAGGGCAAAACCGAAUUGGAAUUAAUGCGAUUUUGUGGAUUGAUUAAACGCGUCAAUUUUCAAGAGCUCAGUGGACAGCACAUUCGAAUGAAAAUCAACGAAGAGUUCGCCAAUUUCUUGCAAGGCAGGGAAUGGAUUCUGCUUAGUCGUAUUGUGGUGGAUCCCAAUAACCCGGAUCGCGUUUACCUCUCCGGGAAGCACAUCUUCCCAGCAAAUUUGCCGACAGAGUCUCCAUCAUGGGCGUUCCAGCAGAUGUAUUCGGAAAAUCCAAAUCGCGAAACUGUAAAUCGCAUGUACAUUGCGGCCGACAGCGGAAUCAUCAACAUUUCACGAGAACUUGUCGAGAGAUUUGCUGAGUCCGAAGGGAAGACUGUUGAAGAGCUGGGACUGCGUGGUUUUACCGAUGAAUUAAACGGUAACAGUGGGAUGCGCAACAUUUUACGAUCCUUCGGCGCCAGUACGUCGCGAUUAAGCGGCGCCAGUACAUCGGGAUUGUCAAGCCAGCGUACUUCUGAUUUGGCUGCUCGUAAUAACUCUAUAUUUGACGUUUCACCCUCCUCGUCGCCUCAACCAGUGCGCCGUGGCACUGUUGCGGCCCAGCUAAACCAAGAUGUCAGUGGUAUUCAUCGAAGUCUCCGAUCCACUGUGCCUAUCAUCUACGUUCCUUCAGAUGAAAGUGAUGCGGAAGAUGUUGCACUUGAAAACAGUGGCGCCAGUGAAAUCGCAAACCACCAGUUGCCUGCUAAACGAAUGCGCGUGGGAAACUUUCCUGACCAGGAAGAAAACGCUGUGGAAGCAUCGGUGGAGCAGUUGCGUAAGCAAUUGUGUGUAAAGGUCACCGGACGAGAACCCAUGUUCAAGUCGAAUUACGUGUUUGAAUGGAUUCCCGGGAACGAUAACGUCCAGAACUGGAUCGACUUCCACUAUGCGCAUGGUCCUAAUUUGGCUGAUGGGGGAAGGCCAUGUAUUCAAAUCGAAGAUGCAACUGACUUGGACGGCCCGUAUAAGGAGGUCAUGACGAAGCUUGGUCAAGCAUUUCUUCACUACCGCAUCCCGGAUUUAGGCAUUACGUUGUUCGAACAAUGUGCAACAGUUGUAUUAAUAUCGUCGGAUGCCAUUGUCACCGAAGCGGGACAUUCUGCACUUCGAGCAUUCGGACACUUAUUGCGAGAUUCAGUUUUACAUGGAGCGCCCUUCGUUACUUGGUUGAACUCUUCAGUGUUCCGCUACUUGUUGAAUCUUCCCAUUGAGGUCAAUGAUAUUUUCUCGUUCAGUCCCGGUAUCGGCAGUAUGAUCGAUGGCAUUAUGUCUGGUGUGGGACCUGUCGUGCUGGAGAACGAGGAAGCGCUGAGGAUUGUAUUGCAGUGUGCUGUCCUUCUGGAACACGGACGUGAGCAACUGUGCAGACUAAUUGCGGAAUUUGAACUGGUCCACAAACGUGCCGGGAAUUUGAAGUAUGUCUACGAGGGACUGGUAGCCGGAAAAAUGUACAAGGAACUGAUGGCGUUUCGCUCCGACUGGAAACGCUUUGAGCCGCAGCUGUACCGCGCUGUGAUGGAGGGCAAAGAUCUGCUGGAGCAGUUCAAAACGUUGAACGAAGAUACUGCGGAUGACGAAGAAAUCCAGACAAUGGCAUGGCUUGAUGACAUAAUUUUGGAAGAGUUUAGCCAGCACGAACGCAAGCAACUGUUACGAUUUAUCACCGGAUCGUACAUGGUACUGGUACAUGGACAUGCGCUGUUGACUGUACCUGCUAGCAUGCGCACAAACGGCAAAGACAAAGAAAGAAUCCCGUGUUCCUCUCCGCCCUACAAACGCGUCAAACUGGACAGCGGUGAGAUGGCCUUUCCCGCCAAGCCGAAGGUGCGGUCCGCCAAUGGCCGGCUACCAUUUCCCGAUGCACCGGAGGAUUUCUUCUACCAUCUCUCACCGCAUACGAAGAAAGAACGCCGCAAAGCCAUCACCACCGCCGAACUGAAGAAGGCAGGUCGUGCCCAGCGGUUAAUGUUCACCUUCCUGCCCAACCCCGGCCGGCUGCAUCACUUCCUCUCCAUCGUCCCGACACAGGCGGUGAAUGACGACGUGGUGGUGAUGCCUUGA